AUGUCGGCCAUCUCUGCAUCCGAGAAAGUGGACGGAUUUACGAGAAAGUCUGUGAGGAAGGCCCAGAAACAGCGGAAAUCACCCAGCUCAUCUCAAUACAGGACGCAGAUCGCCCCUGUGGAGCUUUCGUCGCUGCCUCAGCUCAAGGAUGCUCCCUCCACUGAGCAGCAAGAACUUUUCACCCAGAAACUCCAGCAGUGCUGCAUGCUCUUUGACUUCCUCGAUUCUGUGACUGAUCUGAAGAGCAAGGAGAUCAAAAGGGCCACACUAAAUGAGCUGGUUGACUAUGUGUCCACUAACAGAGGAGUGCUGGUCGAAUCUGCAUACCCUGAGAUCACCACUAUGAUUAGCACAAACAUAUUCCGUACACUUGCACCAAGUGACAACCCAGAUUUUGACCCAGAGGAGGAUGAACCCACUCUGGAAGCUUCAUGGCCUCAUAUCCAACUUGUCUACGAGUUUCUACUGCGUUUUCUUGAGAAUCCGGACUUCCAGCCCAGUAUUGCGAAACGCUACAUUGAUCAGAAGUUUGUACUCCAGCUUCUAGAACUGUUUGACAGUGAAGAUCCAAGGGAAAGAGACUUCCUCAAGACCAUCCUGCAUCGGAUUUAUGGAAAGUUCCUCGGGUUACGAGCCUUCAUCAGAAAGCAGAUUAACAACAUAUUUUUGCGGUUCAUCUAUGAGACUGAGCAUUUCAACGGAGUUGCUGAGCUCCUGGAAAUUUUGGGAAGUAUCAUCAACGGCUUUGCGCUGCCUUUAAAGGCAGAACACAAACAGUUCCUGAUGAAGGUGCUAAUCCCAUUACACACAGCAAAGGGACUGGCUCUGUUUCAUGCUCAGCUGGCGUACUGUGUGGUCCAGUUUCUAGAAAAGGAUCCAACACUAACUGAACCGGUAAUCCGAGGCUUGCUGAAAUUUUGGCCCAAGACCUGCAGCCAGAAAGAGGUGAUGUUCCUGGGUGAAAUUGAGGAGAUUUUGGAUGUUAUUGAACCUACGCAGUUCAAGAAAAUCCAGGAGCCAUUGUUUAAGCAGAUCUCCAAAUGUGUGGCCAAUCCUCACUUUCAGGUAGCAGAGCGAGCACUGUACUUCUGGAAUAAUGAGUACAUUCUCAGCCUCAUUGAAGAGAACAUCGACAAGGUCCUCCCCAUCAUGUUCUGUAGCCUCUAUAGAAUCUCCAAAGAGCACUGGAAUCCGACCAUCGUAGCUCUGGUCUACAAUGUGCUGAAGACUCUUAUGGAGAUGAACUGUACACUCUUUGACGAGUUGACCUCCUCCUAUAAAUCAGAUCGGCAAAGGGAAAAGAAGAAGGAGCAGGAACGCGAUGAGCUGUGGAAGAGGUUGGAUGAGCUGAAGUUCAGCAACAGCACACUAGAACAGAACAACAGCCACAAGCUCAUAAGUGUCCAAAACAACAACAAGAAUAGCAAUAAUAAUAAUAACUAA